AUGGGUGCUUCAACGGAUACCAUCCAGUCCUUCCCCGAGUAUAUACCAUCUUGUGCCGGGGAAGGAAGACAUCGAAAGCAAGUCCAACGACGCACCUUGACCUAUUGGAUGGCCAUAUCCACUUUGGCUCUCAUCCAAUUUAACACAAGUGGGUGGUCUCCACAAACCCGUGCCGCUAUUCUAUCUCUCCUCUUUCCUGGAGCGGGAUACAUUGCUUGCGCCAACGCCCUGGGCCUUUUUCUCGUCGUCGUCACCCUUCUUCUACUUCCCAUCACUCUUUUUGCCUGGUUUGGCGCUUGUGGUCUUGCAUUUCCCCUAUUGCUCUGGGCCUUUUCUAUCCCCGGUGCAUAUUUUGCCGCAUCUGAUGCCCUCUACGAGAAAGCCUGGGUGGUGGCCGUCAUACUACAGGCCGCACCUAUUCUUUAUCUCAACCGCUCCUCGAGCCAGGCUCGCGCCAGUGCCAUCACCAAACGAAAGGAUCGGAACCUACAACUUCCACUAGCACUAGAGCGUGUACAAACCAGCGCAGUGAGUGUAUCACCGGAUGAAGAUCGAGAACUUACCUUGUGGGAGCUACGCCGAGUCCAAAGAUUGUUCGACGUGGGUUUGCAAUCCAUCGACGACUGGUCCAAUUUCUCGUUUCAGACCUCCGCUCUCAGAUAUCAGCUUUACGAACUGAUUUUUUGCCUGAGUAUGUACCAAGGCAUUUACACACCAAACUUCCACGGGUACUGCUCCGAGGCCUCCCGGGCGACUAUUGAAAAAUUCCUUACUACUAAGGUCUUGGGCUUCUGGAAAUGGGAGACCUUGUGGGGAAAGUUCAGUACCGACUUGGACCCUAUUACCAAAGACAAUAUUAUGGUUUCUGGCUUCUUACUUCAAGUAGUCACCUUGUAUACCGCCAAUACAGGUGAUAUGCGGUAUACCAAGCCAGGAUCUCUGGUCUGUAAAGUCACACCAAAGCACAUAUAUAAGCACGAUCUCCACCACAUCUCAAAGGCGUUAGUCCAGCAGUGGAAAGCAAAUCCCUAUACGUUAUUCCCCUGCGAGCCAAACUGGAUAUACUCGCCCUGCAACCUGCAAGGCAUGGUGGGUCAAGUUAUCUAUGAUCGGAUUUUCGGAACAACGCACGCCAAAUGCUUGAUUCUCGGCUUUGAAGCAUCGCUGACGUCUGAGUUCAUGGAGCCCAGCGGCUCUAUAAUUCCAAUCCGCUCAGAGAUCACAGGUUUUACCAUCCCAGGACUAUGUGGAGCCAUAGGUGAUCUAGUUAAUUCCAUGAUGUGUCGUGGAAAUCUGGAUCAUAUCGCUCGACGUCUUUGGGCUACUUUUCGCCAUGAAAAUCUCCACAUUAGUGAUGAAGGAACAAAGGAAGGAAAUUUCAAGAUGGUGGGCCUUGUCGGUGCGGAUAUGAUGGAUCCAGGAAACUACAAGGCCAAUCCCUUGGCUAUGCUCCCGUUUGUGGCACAUGUGGCUGGGGAAUUCGGCGACGAAUGGAUUCGAGAAAAAGCCUUGCAGAAUUUGGACAAAGAGUUUGGUUGGACCGUUAAUGCAACUGGCUCGGUGGUUUUAUUUCCGGAACGGGUGUCCUUCAGCACGCAAACUGCGGCGAUUAAAGCCACAAUGCUUAGACAGGGGGACUGGAAACGAUUGGUAAAUGAGGGGCCGACCAAGACUACUUUGCAGGGACCAAUCUUGGACCAAGUUCCGUAUCCUGGUGUGCUUGUGGCUAAAGCACGGUCUAUCACCUUGCGGGAUUUGCACUUCGUGCUCUAUCCCUCGGCUGAGAGUGGAUUGUUUAAGCUUGGGAUAACGCGCCUGCAGCCAAAUGGUCGAUAUACUAAUAGUGGUAUUGAGCUUGUAGCAGACGCCACUGGCAAUGCUGAACUGAAUAUCUUUGUAGAUGGUCGGACGGAGAUUCAGUUGGUUCCACAGAUAAAUUGA